UUGUAUUGUUUAUUUAAUUUUAGAAAGUAAGCUUCAUUUGAGGGAUAAGACAUCUUCAAAAUAGCAACCAAGAAGAUUCGAAUAUCGCUCUUGAUAAUCAAGUUCAAUUAGAAAUUAAUUCUGGCGAAUCGUUUCCCCUAAAGACUUUAAAAUUUUUUAAAAUUUAAUGGAUUUGUUUUUUUUUAAUGUCGUAAUUUACUUGCUACGGUACUGAUGUUGUAGAUACCGUAUUAAUACGGUUUUUUGCACAGUAUUACGAAAAAAAUAUCAGCACAAUUUUGCAGUCGACUUAUUGAAGUCACAUGGUACAUACAGUAGUUAGUAAAAAAAAAAAAGUCUAUAGUAAAUUAAAUUCAAAAUUGAAUAUAAAAGUAAAUUGUGAUGUCCAACAAAUUUUUAUACUUUGCUUAUGGAAGCAAUUUACUUGAUAAAAGAAUUCAUAUCAAUAAUCCAACAGCCCAACGUCAAGAUAUUGGGCGCAUUGAGAAUUUCAGAUUGGAUUUCAUGAGAUUUUCGAAUAGAUGGAAGGGUGCAUCAGCAACAAUUGUUCCUACACCAGGUGCUCAUGUAUGGGGUGCAAUUUGGGAAAUUGGAAUUGAAAAUUUAAAAGAUCUUGAUCAACAAGAAGGUGUCAAUGAUGGACUAUAUUUUCCUCUUGAUGUUGACGUGGCAAAUCUUGUUGGAAAAAAAUAUCGUUGUCGAGUUUAUCAACAAUGCAACAAUCCAAAGGAAAACAUUGACUUGAGUCAUCUUCCAAAAGAACGUCAGCCUUCACUGGUUUACUUAUCAACAAUGAUUAAAGGCGCUGAGCAAAGUAACAUUCCAUCUGAUUAUAUAAAUAAAUUGAAGCUAAUUAAGCACAAUAAUUAUUUUGGCCAAGUUGAUAUUGGGCUUGAAUUAAAUGAUAUCAAUACGGAAUAAUUGAUGCCCUUUUUCGUGGUAUCAUUAUAUUAAUUAAACAACACAUUCCUCAUCAGUUUCUUCAAGGUGCUUUUGAUAUUAUCAUUGUACUCUGUUGAAUUUAAUAAAUUUAAU